GUGUUGACUUCAAGGUGAAGACUCUUUCUGUGGAUGGCAACAAAGCAAAGUUGGCAAUAUGGGACACUGCUGGACAGGAGCGCUUUCGAACUCUGACACCAAGUUAUUAUCGUGGUGCUCAGGGAGUCAUUCUGGUGUAUGACGUCACACGACGGGAAACCUUCACCAAGCUGGACAACUGGCUUAACGAGCUGGAGACAUACUGUACGAGGAACGAUCUCGUCAAAAUGCUCGUGGGAAACAAAAUCGAUAAAGAAAACCACCAGGUUGACCGAACAGAAGGACUGAAGUUUGCAAGAAAACACUCCAUGCUUUUCAUAGAGGCAAGCGCCAAGACGAAGGACGGUGUUCAGUGUGCCUUUGAGGAGCUGGUGGAGAAAAUCAUCCAAACUCCAGGGCUAUGGCAGUGUGACAACCACAGCCGAGCUGUUCAGCUCUCAGAUGAAGACGCCGGAAGUGGAAGCUGCGGAGGCUACUGCUCGCUGAUUUAAUUGACCCCACACACACACACACACAUUCUAAGAAGAAGAGCCUUUCUCUUUCAGCUGAGUUUCCCACAAGGCUGUGGACUGUCCACACUCUAAUGUGACUUUUGCAGUCUUUGUAAAACACAAACAUAACUAAGCUCUAAGUUUAAAGA